AUGAACAUUUCCAACCACAAUUAUUCCGUCGACAACAAUAAUAAUAUUGCUGGUUAUAAUUCAAUCAAUAAUAUGAACAGCACUCGUCAAAAUCCCGCCAAUCAUGAUUUGGCUAGUCACUUGGGCAUGACCAAUAAUAGUUUCGUUGGUCAUAAUACUCUCCAUAACUCUGUAGACAAUUCAAUCAAUAAUAUGAACAACGCUCGUCAAAAUCCAAUCAGUAACAAUAAUUCCGUCGACAACAAUAAUAAUAUUUCUGGUUAUAAUUCAAUCAAUAAUAUGAACAACGCUCGUCAAAAUUCAGCCAAUCGUGAUUUGACUAGUCAUUUGGUUAUGAUCAACAAUAGUUUCGUUGAUCAUGAUACUCUCCAUAACACUGUAGACAAUUCAAUCAAUAAUAUGAACAACGCUCGUCAAAAUCCAAUCAGUAACAAUAUCUCCAGCAAUAAUUUGACUAGCCAUUUGGGUAUUAUCAAUAAUCAUUUUGUUGGUCAUAAUACUCUUCGUAACACUGUUGACAAUAAUUUCUUUAGACAGAAUUCAGUCAAUAAUAAUAAUAACAAUUUGGACGCAACUAAUAAUCACAGAAAAGAUCAGUUAAUUUUUAUAGCAAUCCAACUCCAAAACAUUGUGAAUCAAUUGUUAUUGGAUGACAAUAGCAACAACUACUAG